CCGCGGCCGGGGAAGAACCCGGAUGUGCCCGGGUAGUCGUGUUGGCAGUCGGGGCUCUGAGGUUUGGGCGCUCUGGGGGUGCUGGCAGCCGAGGCCGAUGGCGCGGGGUUGGGCAGGCUUCUCUGAGGAGGAGCUGAGGCGGCUAAGGCAGACUAAAGACCCAUUUGAACCACAGCGACGUCUUCCUGUGAAGAAAAGUCGACAACAACUUCAGCGAGAAAAAGCCCUUCAAGAGCAGAGCCAAAAACUUGGACUUCAAGAGGGAUCAACCUCAGUACCUCCAGAGCAGUUGCUUUCCACACCAAAACCAAGUUUUAAUAGUCCAAAACCACAUUCUUCUCCCCCUGUUCCUCCUAGUCCUCUGACACUCACCUCUCCUGUUGGUAAUGGAAAACCACAGGGUAUUGAAAGUCAACCAAGGGAACUAGGAUUCGAGAAUUCCCAUGAUAGUCACAAAAACACCGAGGUUCUACCCCCAGAGCCAGAUUGCAAAAUGGAAAAAAAGAAAGUGGAAUUGUUAGCAAGAAAAAUCUCGUUGGGAAGUCCUCCAACAAGAGCAACGGCUAAUGGAAGAGAAAAAUAAACGUAAGAAAGCUCUUUUGGCUAAAGCUAUUGCAGAAAGAUCUAAAAGAACUCAAGCAGAGGCCUUGAAACUAAAGCGGAUUCAAAAAGAGUUACAGGCUCUAGAUGACAUGGUGUCAGCUGACAUUGGAAUCCUUAGAAACCGGAUUGAUCAGGCCAGCCUCGAGUAUUCAUAUGCUCGGAAGCGCUUUGAGAGGGCCGAAGCAGAGUAUGUUACAGCAAAGCUAGAUCUGCAGCGCAAGACUGAGAUUAAAGAGCAACUCACUGAACACCUCUGUACAAUUAUACAACAGAAUGAACUCCGCAAGGCCAAGAAGUUGGAGGAAUUGAUGCACCAACUGGAUGUACAAGCUGAUGAGGAGACUUUGGAGCUUGAGGUGGAAGUGGAGAGAUUACUGCAUGAACAAGAAGCUGAAGCAGGGAAACAAAUUGUUCAUUUGGAGAGGCCAUUUCAGCCUUCUGCAGAGUGUGUCGCAUCAGGAUUUGCCAAAGAGAACAAAAAUCCUCAAGAACACACCACUUCCCUAAAGGUAGAUGAACAGUGUGAAAAUCCUAAUAGCAAUCCCCUUCUAAAUCCAGACCAAAGUCAAGAAGUCAAAACUACUGUAAAGGCCAUUUCAGCUGCUCUGACCACAUGAAGUGUGUGUUUGUUCCUUUCAGCUAGUGUGGUAUUCAGCAAACUUCUGUUGUAGAUUAUGUUGUGAGCUCGGAUAAGUGUGUCUUUAAGAUGGUGUUCAUUUUUGAAUCCCUGGUUAGUUUUGAUAUAACAUGUUUGCCAUUCUAAACCCUCAAAUUAUGAUAAUUUUAUAUGUAGGCACAGUUCACCUUGAUCUAGGGCCAUUUUCCUUAGUAUACCCUGAUUACCAGGUGAAAACAAAUGACCUAAAAAGAUGGAAGAAAAACUACAUGGCUAAGAGUGUUAGACCAGGUAAAUAUAGAAAAGUAACAUGGAAAAUAAUACUCAACACCUCGUCAAACUUACGUGAUUUCUCCUAGGAGAGCUGUUGAUGAUGAGAAUCCUAUUUUAUGUAGUUAGCGAAGAAACACAAAAAUUAAAUGUGAAAAAGAGAAGGAAAAAAAUAACAAAAACAGCAUGUUGAAUUCUUUUGGAUACUACUAGAGCUGCAAAACACAACUUGGAAGUUGCAGUUUACAAAAGACAGCUUCAGUUACAUUUUUGUCUUCAAUUUGCCUUUUAAAUGGCUUUAAUUUACAACCUGAGUUUCGGUUAGUUGAUAUACACAAAUAUACCACUAAUACAUGUAAUCUUACUGUUAAUAUAUCAUUUUUUUAAUCAGCACAUUAAAUUUAGACAAUGAAAACACUUCUACAAUGAAGUUGAUAAUACAGAAAAAUCUAUCAAUACUUUUGAUAUCAGAAAAAAUUGAUAUGUUUCUUUCUAAAGCUAUCUGUAAAUAUGUGUUGGAUAUAAAUUAUCCUGUCAUAAAGCAUUUAAAUUGUUAAACUGGUGAUUUUUCUUAGUAUUUUAAUAGUUUUUAAUUAUUAUUACUAGUACUUGACCACCACAUUGUGUUAUAUGUGAAUGUGUAAAUAAAUACUGUUGAUUUGUCACAGCAUCUGUGACUUUCACAUUAAAUUGUGAUCGAUUUAUCAGAAAUUCUGAAAAGUACAAAUAAUACAUUUAAGUCUUGAAAAAAGAACCAUUAUAAAUAGAGUAAGGACAAAUGUAAUAUUGUAUUUAUAAUAAUGCUGAGAAAGUUGGGGACAUCCUAUUUUUUAAAUGAGCUUGAGGAUAUUUUAGCAGUGUGGAUGAGCUGUGUAUUUUUGUAUUAUGUAAUUUGAGUUGAAAUUCUAGCUUUCCAUUACUGACUUAUCUAAACAGGCAUUUAUAUAAAUAGUUGUAUUUUUAUUUAUGAAUGAUAUUCAUCAAAACUGAAAGCAUCAUUGUCCAAUACACUCUUAUUUUUCUAAGGAAUAAACGAGUCUGAUACAUCUA